AGAUUCAUUAGUCCUUAUUUUCACUUGCAAAAAUGAUCAUUAUCUUGUUAUUUUGCUUGUGUCUUGCAGCCAAAAACUAUGAAGUAUAUGGAUCAAUGUCAAAUUUUUCCAAAAUUGAAGAUUUGGAAUUGGAGGAACAAUUGAAAGCCAUCAAUAAGCCUCCUGUCAAAUCUAUUCAAACAGAAUUUGGAAGAAUUGUUGAUUGUAUUGAUAUUAAUAAGCAACUAGCUUUUGACCAUCCUUUACUAAAGAAUCAUAAGAUACAGACAAACACAAAAUCACAUGAUAGAUCAGGAUAUUCAAAAAUUGGACUGGAUGAUAAGGAUUUGUGCCCUAAAGGAACAAUUCCUGUCCAGAGAACAACAAAAGAUGAUCUCAUUCGUGCGAAACGGCUAUCAAAUAAUUUCGGUACCUUGACCAAGUUCGAUCGUGGCAGUCAUUUUGCAGGAAUACGUAUAAGAGGUAGAAUCUUCUUUGGAGUUAAAGGAAAUCUUGAUGUAUAUAAUCCACCUGUUGAUGACCACCAAAUGAGUUCUGCUUAUAUAUAUGUUUCCACUGGAGAAAGCAGCAUUCCAGUGCCCAACCAUAUGUUUAUCCAUGCAGGGUGGCAGGCAUAUCCAGGUAUGUCUGGGGAUAAAUUAACUCAUUUCUUCGUAGAAUGGAAGAAUAGCAUCCAACAUACAGGCUGCACCAAUAUGCUAUGUUCUGGUUUCGUGCAAACUAGCCAAAAAAUUUAUGUUGGUGCACCCGUGGCUAAUGUAUCUUCCUAUGGUGGACCACAAUUUACUAUGAGUCUCAACCUUACACAGGAUCCAGCUACUAAGAACUGGUGGCUAAAAGCACAAGACAUGGAUGUUGGAUAUUUUCCAGCAUCAUUAUUUUCUAAUAAACUAGAUUUUGCAAUGAAAGCUGGUUGGACUGGUCAUACACAGUUUUUUCUUGAUGGUCCAAGUCCUCCAAUGGGUUCUGGAAUUCUUCCAGAUGGAAAUCCUCUUCAUUCAUGCUACAUUUCAAAGAUGUAUUUUAAGGAUAGAUUUAGAAAUGAUCGUGCCCCUCUUAAAGAUCAGAUGCUAGUGUAUGCUGAUAACCGUCGUUGUUAUGAUGCAAAGUACUAUGGUUUUGUGGAUAAUAAUUUGGAACGUGUUAUGAUGUUUGGGGGACCAGGUGGAAAUUGUGGUCUUUGAAAAAGUUUAAAGUAC